AAAUAUAUUUAGUAUCCAUUAAAUUUAAAAAAUUCAAAUGCAAUCAACAGUAUGUCGUUUACAUUUUUUUCUUAUAAUGUUUGUGUAAUAAGGUUUAAAAAAUUAUUUAAAUUAAAUUUUUGUUCAAAUUGUAUUCACACAUCUGUUAUAUCUAAGAAAAUCACACCUCAAGAAGUUACUGCUAUUUUAAGCUCCAAGGAACAUACCUAUGAAUUUGAUCCUAGUUAUGGGUCAAUUAAAGCCUAUGAGACUAAUCAAUUAGGAUCUAAUGUUCCUAUUGAAGAUACUCGUGCAGAGGCCAAAUGUUUACUUACAUCUGGGAUGUUAUUUGGUGUGUUUGAUGGACAUGGUGGUCCAAGUUGUUCACAUGUUAUUGCAAAACGGCUUUUUGAAUAUAUAUGCGUUAGUCUCUUACCAAAGCCACAACUUCAUGAAUAUAUGGAAAAUGGUAAUCAGUUGGUUGAAAUGCAAAAUGAAACCUAUGACUUAGUUCCUGAAUUAAAAAAUGUUUAUGCCCAAAGCCUUAAAUCAUAUGUAUUGCAACUUAUAAAUGAUAAACAGGAGAAUCAGUUUAAAAUGAAAGAUGCUUUAGAAAAAUCAUUUUUAAAACUAGAUGAAGAUAUUUUAUCUGAAGUAAAAUUAAAAACAAACAAUGAUACUGUGGAUAAUCUUACUUUAAAUGUUGGCUUAUCUGGUGCUGUUGUGUGUGUUGCUCAUAUUGAUGGUCCUCAUAUGCAUAUUGCUUCAGCAGGAGAUUGUUUAGCUGUUGUUGGUGUAUAUACUGAUGAUAACACAUGGAUUGCCAAAGUUAUGGUUGAAGAACAUAAUACAGAUAAUAUUCAUGAAUUUAAUAGGGUACUUUCAGAACACCCUUCUAAUGAGAAAGAUACUGUUAUUAAAAAUGAAAGACUACUAGGUGAACUUGCUCCUUUAAGAGCUUUUGGAGACUUAAGGUAUAAAUGGUCCAGAGAUAUGCUAUCUGAAUACAUUGUUCCUAUAGUUGGUGAAAAUGCAAUACCAUCAUUUUAUUAUACUCCUCCAUACCUUACUGCAAAACCACAAGUUAUUUACCAUAAUUUACAACCAAGAGACAGAUUUCUUAUAAUUGCAUCUGAUGGUCUUUGGGAUUUUAUGACCCCAUUACAGGUUGUUCGUUUAGUAGGUGAGCAUAUGAGUGGAAAAGUUACCUUAAAACCAUUAAAGUUACCUAAAAAUAAUAUGAAAUUAAGUGAUAUAAGUAAUUUACUUGAACAAAGAAGGGAAAGUUUAAAAAAGAAACCUGUUGAUGCAAAUGCAUGCACUCAUCUUAUACGGAAUGCAUUAGGAGGGACCGAGUAUGGUAUAGAACAUGCUAAACUAUCACAGUUAUUAAAUUUACCAAAAAAUAUUGUUAGAUCAUUUAGAGAUGAUAUAACUAUUACAAUUGUAUAUUUUAACGUAGAUUAUUUAAGGCAUCCACAAUCUUAAUAUUGAAUGUUUUAUAUUGAUUAUAUUACUAUUUUCCUAGAUUUAAAUACAUUUGUUUGUUAUAAAUAA